UUUCACAGCGGUGGUUUUGAAGCGUUCUGUCUUCUGGGAUAUAACGCCGUUCUGCCUGUAGCCCAGAAGACAGAACUCUUCAUAGCAAGUUUUUCAGAAAUUUGAUUAUGCCAUAAUUUAUAGGUGUUUGAGGUUAAAUUUUUAAUAAUGGAGGUUCUGUCAUUGGACCUUUGGAUCACAGACACUUAAUAUGUGGGCCAUUGAUCCCAGUUAGAGGCAAGGCAUCUACUCCACUCAAUACUAUAAUCAUGUUUGUUCCUCAGCAGGAAGCAUGGGUUGUUGAACGAAUGGGAAAAUUUCACCGUAUACUUGAACCUGGCUUGAACAUCUUGCUGCCAGUCGUAGAUAAAGUGAAGUAUGUUCAGAGUCUUAAGGAAAUUGCCAUUGAUGUACCAAAACAAAGUGCCAUCACUUCAGACAAUGUCACAUUAAGUAUAGAUGGAGUAUUGUAUCUGAGGAUUCUCAAUCCAUAUUUAGCAAGUUAUGGUGUAGAAGAUCCAGAAUUUGCAAUAACACAACUUGCACAAACAACAAUGAGAUCUGAAUUGGGUAAAAUAUUACUGGAUAAAGUGUUCAGGGAAAGAGAGAGCCUAAAUGUGUCAAUUGUAGAGUCCAUCAACAAAGCAAGUGAAGCUUGGGGAAUUACAUGUCUUCGAUAUGAAAUACGAGACAUCAAGCUGCCAGCUCGUGUACAGGAGGCUAUGCAGAUGCAAGUAGAAGCAGAAAGAAAGAAACGAGCAGCCAUACUGGAAUCUGAGGGUGUGCGAGAAGCAGACAUUAAUGUAGCUGAAGGAAAACGUCAGGCCAGGAUACUGGCAUCUGAGGCCGAGCGGCAGGAACAAAUAAACAAGGCUAGUGGAGAAGCACAAGCUCUGUUGGCCAUAGCUGAAGCUCGAGCUAAGGGUUUGGAGCUGGUGGCAAGACCACUAAAAACUAAGGAUGGACAGAAUGCAGCAUCCCUUAAUGUGGCAGAGUUGUAUGUUCAAGCAUUCCAAAAGCUGGCCCAGAAAGGCAACACUAUUAUUUUACCAAGCAAUGUUGGAGAUGUCACAAGUGCUGUUUCUCAGGCAAUGGCAGUAUAUAAUCAUCUUUCAAAGAAGAAUGAAGUCAUCUCAUCCUCCCUAGACAAGACUGAGAAAAGUGCUGAAUAUUUUAGUGAUAAAGAAAAUUAACUUCAAGUAAAGCCAGUGUCAACAAAACCUUUUGAUUUGGCAAAGUGAUAAACUAAAACUAUCACAUGAUACAUCAAGAAUGUGAUCACCAAUCAAAGUGUACUAAGUUAUAAACUUUCUGCAAUAAAUUACAUUACACAGUAACUGUGACAAUAUAUGCUUGUCACUUUGCCUUUUGAAUUAAUAAACAGCGAAUGGGAA